AUCUGGCUCUGUCUGUCUGUCUGUCUGUCUGUCUCUCUUUAGUGUAGUGCUGUAUUGUUGUGGUGUUGUAGUGCUGUGGUGCUGUAUUAUUGUGGUGCUGUGGUGCUGUGGUGCUGUAAUGGGGUAGUGCUGUAUUGCUGUAUUGUUGUAGUGCUGUAUUGCUGUAUUGUUGUGGUGCUGUAGUGCUGUAUUGUUGUAUUAAUGUGAUGCUGUAUUGCUGUGGUGAUGUAGUGCUGUAUUGAUGUAGUGCUGUGGUGAUGUAGUGCUGUGGUGAUGUAGUGCUGUAUUGCUGUGGUGAUGUAGUGCUGUGGUGAUGUAGUGCUGUGGUGAUGUAGUGCUGUGGUGAUGUAGUGCUGUAUUGCUGUGGUGCUGUGGUGAUGUAGUGCUGUGGUGAUGUAGUGCUGUAUUGCUGUAUUGCUGUGGUGCUGUGGUUCUGGUCCAAACCAACAGAUGGCAGUAAGCAGCACUGAAAGACUCUGAACAACUGGAAAAACAAGUGAACGAUACUUGAGACAGGGAAGUACUGACUGUGUUUAUCGCAUUUUGUGAAAAUGUUGACAUAGUGAAUUUGAGUUAGAUUUUAAGCAGCGUUAUAGCUAAAAUAAAUAAAUAGUAAUAUAGCAGCAUUUGUUGUUUUGCCAGGAUUUGUCGCGAUAACACGCCUACGAGUACACUGCUGAAAUGUGAGCUAUGCUAGUUAUCUGAGUUCCAGGUUUCAUUGUUGUACAUCAUGGUAGAAAAUUCUCCCUCACCUGUACCUGAGAGAGCCAUCUAUGGGUUUGUCCUCUUCAUGGGCUCCCAGUUUGCUUUCUUGCUGUAUUUAGUUUGGGCAUGUGUUCCUGAGACCUGGCUCCAUGCUGUCGGCUUAACCUACUGGCCUCAGAAGUAUUGGGCUCUUGCAUUGCCGAUUUAUCUGCUGGUUGCUUUGACCAUGUGUUUCGUGGUGCUGUUCGGAGUCAAUAUGAUGAACACGGCUCCGCUGGGUUCUGUGGACAACGUCACAGAUCGUUUUGCUAAGGCUCAGCUGCAGGAUGCAGGCCAGAAAGGGGCCAUACCUCGACUACGAGAUCUGUCCAUUAGUGAAGUCAACCAUCGUUUCUACCUCACACGGAAUGACCUCUGAGACCCCAGACCCUGGCAGUGAGACGCAGUUUCCUUGCAUGAUGCCUCGUGUUCUCCAAAUUUCUGAUCUGCAUUGAUCCAUAUAGAUGACCAGCAUCCCGGAUUGCUUUUCAUCGGUCCUGGCUUUGGGAGUUUGCCGAGGUUUUAGACGCACCUUUUCCAUCACUCACUCAUGACAGGACAGACAUUUGACUUUAAGGUGAACCCUCAGUGUAAGGUAUGGUAAACACAUGACCCUCAGAGGUGGAAACUAAUCAUGGCACUGAGCAGUGGGGAAAAGUGCUGAACAACUCCAGAGGUUGAAGGACUUCACAGUCUGAUGGAGAGGAAGUAAAAGUAGGAGUGUAAUGGCAGUGUGAGAACUUUUUUGUGUCAUCAAAAAAAUAAAUGUGUAGCUAAGCUUGUCUGUUUUCUUAUUGGUUAUGUUUGCUUAUUGAUAGAGCUGUUCUCAGAACUUUCAGAGAUUUCAGAAUGCUGUCUGGAUCUUGUACUUUGUGAACUAAUAUUAUUUUAUUUACAGUCAUAAUUAUUUAAAAUGAUUAAUAAAAAAAAGUCAAUUCUGUACAAAAGCCUUUGAGGUUUAAUUUAUCUCUUCUCCAUCGUUAAAAAAAAAAAAGUAAAAGAGUAGAAAAAUGUAAAUGUUACAGAGAAAGUUUUGUAUACAGUUAGAUUUAUUAACACUACAGUUCUCAGGGGUCCGUCAUGUAUAUGCUGGGGGUCCCUGACUGUGUUGCUUUAUUAAAAUCACAGCUGCUAUUUGGUUGUUAAAGUUAUUAUUUAGCUGUCUCAGUUGUAAGCCUAAUUUACUGGUCACUUGAAAUGAAAGCGGUUCAUCUAAAAAAAAAUUUUAAAAAACUAUUCAACAAGUAUAAAUAAUGUCAACUUUAAUCAAACUACAAUAUUAUACGUUUUAUAUCAUUCUCUGGCUCUUUUUAUUUAUUUAUUUAUUUUUGCUUGCUCUUCAAAAUCAUGAUUACUUUGUAACGCUGGAGCCCAGUGCAUGAUUAAAACAUGAUAACAAGCAGCUCUGCGAAGGAACUGUGGAAUAUUCUCCAUGAUGCUCAGAACAAAAUGCCAGUCAAUUUUCCUCUAAAGUCACAUGACCGAGUACCUAAAAAAAAAGUUGAUAAAGGUUUAAAAGCAAAGAAUAGUCACACCAAAUAUUGAUUUGAUAUAUAAUUGGGGUU